AUGUACAUAUUCGGGGGCUUCAACAGCCUGCUGCUGAGCGACCUCGUGAAGUACACGCCAGAGAGCUGUGAAGCGUACAGCAAUGAAACGGCCUGCUUGCAGGCGGGCCCCGGCAUCCGGUGCGUGUGGAACGGCUCUCUCCAGCAGUGUCUCCCGUGGGAAAUGGCCACGAAGUAUCAGCAACAAAAGAUAAUGGAGGAGUGCCCUCCCCCGUCAGUUGCAGACCAAGAAAAGUGUGAGCAGAUCACAGACUGCCACAGCUGCACAGCAAACACCAACCGCUGCCACUGGUGCACCAACCAGUGCAUCUCAAGGCAGAGCAACUGCUCGGAAGACCAGACCCCCGUUACCGACUAUGUCAACUGCUCCAAGGACAACCCGGCCUACGUCUGCAACAAGAAGACGAGCUGCAAGAGCUGCACACUGGACCAGAACUGCCAGUGGGAGGGCCGGAACCAAGAGUGCAUCGCCUUGCCCGAGAACAUCUGCGGGUCGGCGUGGCUCUUGGUCAGCAACACUUGCCUGAGGAUCAUGAACACCAAAGAUACCUACGACAACGCGAAGCUGGCCUGCAGAAGCCACAGUGCUGCCCUGGUGUCGCUCACCAGCCAGAAGAAGGUGGACUUUGUCAUCAAGGAGCUCCAGAAGACUCAGUCCUCGCCCAAAGCCUUGACGCCGUGGGUCGGACUGAGGAAGAUCAACAUAUCCUACUGGUGCUGGGAAGACAUGUCUCCUUUCACGAACACUUCGCUGCAGUGGCUGCCGGGGGAGCCGAGCGAUAUUGGGUUCUGCAGCUACCUGGCGGAGCCAAGCAACCAAGGGCUAAAGGCGGCCACGUGCAUCAACCAAGUCAACGGCAGCAUCUGUGAAAAGCCUGGUAGAUCAUUUUUUGUUGUGUUUUGA